AUGACUACAUCAGCCAAGCCGCGUCCCUCGCCGAUUCUCGCUGCAACCUUCAAGGCUUCAUGCCACCUCGCGGACGACUCUUCUGACGCCCACUGCGAUCAUUUGCCGCCCAGUCAUAUCGUUGCUCAGGGCUGGAUGAUGCCGGCGCUGGAUACCGGUAAAAAUUCUUUUGUCUGCGGUUCCAUGUCGCAGGACGAGUACGUCGCGCCGCCUGAGGUCGUCGCUGCGAUCGAGGCCGGCGACGCGGAGCAGGUGAAGGCGCUCUUGACGCCGGCGCCGGAGGGGCUGUCCAAGUCGGUGCUGAAGAAGCUGAUUGAGACGCUCGGCCUGCCGGCCGACGCCAUGGCGACCCUGCAGCAGCAGCGCACCGCUCUCGCCGACGCCAUCGCGCCGCACGUCAAUGCGAUGCGCAACAGGCACUACGUGCAAGGCUUCAACGCCCGAGGAUGA